CUCCGUGGCCCCUCAGCGGGUCGCGACUUCUCGCGAGAAGAAGAGCGGGAGGCGGGGCUGCGGAGCCGGGGGCGGGGCCAGCGAGGGGCGGCCGCGGGAGGGUCCGCGGGUCUGGAGGCGGCGGCGGCGCCAGCUCCCGAGUCGGCGCCCAUGACGCUGGAGUGAGGCCGCGGGCCCGCCGUUGGGGCAGGAUGACCAAGGCACGGCUGUUCCGCCUGUGGCUGGCGCUGGGCUCCGUGUUCAUGAUCCUGCUGAUCAUCGUGUACUGGGACAGCGUGGGCACCGCCCACUUCUACCUGCACACGGCCCUGUCCCCGCCACACCCGCCCGGGCCGCCCCCCAGCCCCGGGCAGGCCCUCCCGUCGGACGUGGACGAGUUCCUGGAGAAGCUGCUGGGCGCCGGUCCGAAGAGAAAGACGGAGCCGCCCCCACCGGCCCCCGGCAGACCCGCGCCGGGCGGCCUGGAGGGCGGCCUGGAGGAGAGCGUGCGGGGCUACGACUGGUCCAGCCGCGCCCCGCCCGGCCCCGAGCCCGACGAGCAGGCUGCGCGCAGGAGCCUGCUGCGGGACUUCUGCGCCAACGCCAGCUUCGCCUUCCCCGCCAAGGAGCGCUCCUUCGACGACAUCCCCAACUACGAGCUGAACCACCUCAUCGUGGACGACCGCCACGGCGUCAUCUACUGCUACGUGCCCAAGGCGGCCUGCACCAACUGGAAGCGCGUCAUGAUCGUGCUCAGCGGCAGCCGCCUGGGCCGCGGCGCGCCCUACCGCGACCCCCUCGCCAUCCCCCGCGAGUUCGUGCACAACUCCAGCACGCACCUGACCUUCAGCAAGUUCUGGCGCCGCUACGGGAAGCUGUCGCGCCACCUCAUGAAGGUCAGGCUGAGGAAGUACACCAAGUUCCUGUUCGUGCGCGACCCCUUCGUGCGCCUCAUCUCCGCCUUCCGCAGCAAGUUCGAGCUGGAGAACGAGGAGUUCUACCGCCGCUUCGCCGUGCCCAUGCUCCGCGCCUACGCCAACCGCACCAGCCCGCCCGCCUCCGUGCGCGAGGCCUUCGGCGCCGGCCUCCGCGUGUCCUUCGCCAACUUCAUCCAGUACCUGCUGGACCCGCGCACCGAGCGGCUGGCGCCCUUCAACGAGCACUGGCGGCAGGUGCACCGGCUCUGCCACCCCUGCCAGAUCGAGUACGACUUCGUGGGCAAGCUGGAGACGCUGGACCGGGACGCCGCGCAGCUGCUGCGGCUGCUCGGCGUGGACCGGCGGCUGCACUUCCCGCCCAGCUACCGGAACCGCACGGCCAGCAGCUGGGAGGAGGGCUGGUUCGCCCAGAUCCCGCUGGCCUGGCGGCAGCAGCUGUACAAGCUCUACGAGGCCGACUUCGUGCUCUUCGGCUACCCCAAGCCCGAGAGCCUGCUGAGGGACUGAGCCCGCGCCGGCCGGCCGCCGAGGACAGACCCGGGACGGUCGGACGUGGGACGGUCAGACCCGGGACGGUCAGACGCGGGACGGCUGCUGCGCCUCGCCAUCCCGGGGACGGAGCCGGGCUGCACCGCCCCUUCUGUGGCCUCGUGUCCCCCAGCCUCCGGGCAGAGAAGCCCACGGUGUCGGUCGCGGGGCAGCUGGGGGCCCCACACCAGUUUUUAAAGUGACCUGCGAUUCUGGGCUCAGACUUGCUGUUCACUCCGCGGCCUGUGUUCAGCCAGAACUGUGUUAAUAGUGUUUUUUAAGAUUAAUAUAUUUCAGAUAUUUAAUAGGAGACGGGAGGAGGGAAGAAGGGAGUAAAUUCUACG